AAGAAAAUAUGUACUUAAAAAAAAGAUUCAGCUCUUUUCUCUUCUCCGCCAUCCUAUGUGCGGUUGAGUUCUGUCUUCACCAUGUCUUCUCACACGACUUUCAGGAUCAAGCGAUUCCUGGCCAAGAAGCAAAAGCAGAAUCGUCCCAUUCCUCAAUGGAUUCGAAUGAAAACUGGCAAUAAAAUUAGGUACAACUCCAAGAGAAGACAUUGCAGAAGAACGAAGCUGAGUCUAUAAGAAGCUUCACAUAAAAAGUGGCACACAUGUUGAGACCACUUAUUUAAGCAGCCAAAUCACAGUGAGAACAUCACUACUGUAAUGCUUGGCUCCUGGUGUUUCUUAAUU